AUGUCGACUGACAGAUAUUUUACAAGGUCUCGCAGCAACCCCCUGCCACCAUUUCACGCUAGAAAAAGCAGNAGUGUCAUUCAGUCUCGUCUCGGAAGGCCCAUAUAUUCCUUCCGAGGAGUUCGUUUCGCUAAGCCACCUGUAGGAAAUCUGAGAUUUAAGGCCCCUCUACCAAUAGGCCGGUGGCAGGGAAUCCAGAAUGCAACUGAAGAUGGUGCUGCAUGUCCUCAAGCAGAAGAAAACUACUUUGUUCCAACCUCAGAAGAUUGUUUAUUUCUAAAUGUAUAUACAACUAAGUUACCAGGAAGAGCACAUAAUCCAGAGAGACCAGUUAUGGUGUUCUUCCAUCCUGGAGCAUUUUAUGGCUUAACUGCACAUAGCAAGGCAUAUGGGCCACAAUACUUAAUGGAUCAAGACAUUGUUCUUGUGACAACCAACUAUAGAAUUGGAGCUUUAGGAUUCUUAAGUACAGGUGAUCGUGUACUUCCUGGGAACUAUGGAAUGAAGGACCAAGUAGCAACACUACGGUGGGUGAAAGAGAAUAUUGCAGCAUUUGGUGGUAAUCCUAACAGUGUCACUAUUGCAGGCUACAGUGCUGGCUCUGUAAGUGUAAUGCUUCACAUGGUGUCACCCAUGUCACGAGGCCUCUUUCAUCGAUGCAUAGCCAUGAGUGGCUCUGGAGUUCUGGAUGCAUUCUUUGAAGGAAGUGUUCUCUCCCUUGCAAAGAGACAAGCUGCUUUAUUAAACUGUCCAGUAGACUCCUCACAACAAAUUAAGGACUGCCUGAUGAAGAAAGAAGCUCAGGAAAUUGCGAGUUCAUUGAGUGGAUUAACUGAAUGGGGUUAUGAGCCAAUAGUCUUAUAUGGCCCUGUAAUUGAACCAGCUUCAGGUCCUGGAAGAUUCCUGGAAGCUCACCCAGCGAAACUGUUUCACUCUGGCAAAUUUGUUGAUGUGCCUUUAAUCACUGGAAUUACAAAGGAUGAGUUUUCAUAUAAAGCAUUACCUGUCAUUCUGAACUCAUCAUGGGCUGAGGAUAUGGACAGAAACUUUGAUACUGUAGCUCCAAUAGCAUUCUUAUAUGAAAGGAAUACAGAGCGAUCUCGUAUGAUCAGUCGGGAGCUCAGAAAAUUCUACUUGAAGGAUCAGCCUCUGACCAAUGCUUCUCUUUCAAGUCUAGGAAAGGUAAGUUCAGCUAAAGAAUUACUAGAACACAUUUUUCUGUUCAAACAUGAGAGAAAAAAUUAUCUGCUGGGGAAAUUUGGUUAGGCA